UUUAAAUCUUUUGAAAUAUUUUUCAAAGGACUUGAAUUAAUUAAUAAUCAAGUUGUCAAUAUUUUAUUAAUUCCGUGAAUCUUCACUUUUAUAUUUCAAUAACGCUUUUCUAAUUCGUAAUUCAAUUUCUUUUUGAAGAAUAAGAGGAGGAGAUAGAGAAAGAGAAAGAGGGGAGAUCUUGUGUAAAUAAGAAAACCCUAGUUUUUCCUUUUUUGGAUUAUUUUGCUAUUUUUCAUUUCAAUUCAGCUCUAAUCUGCUACUGUUAUCUACAAGGAAUUUCAUUUCAUUGCUUCAAUCGAACCAGAAUAGUAUUUGUGGAGAACUGUGUUUUUGGAAGGACGCAAAGAUGAUGUCCAGAUCAUAUACAAACCUUUUAGAUUUGGCUUCUGGGAAUUUUCCGGCAAUGGGAUCGGGGAGAGAGUUUAAAGAACGAAGGCGGAUGCCGAGGGUUAUGAGUGUUCCAGGGUUUGUCCCGGAGAUGGAUGACGAUCAGGCAGUAAGUGUUUCUUCUGAUAAUCCGUCAACUGUUUCUACGGAUCGAAUUAUCAUUGUAGCGAAUCAGCUUCCUUUGAAAGCGAAGAGAAGAGAGGACAACAAAGGGUGGAGUUUUAGUUGGAAUGAGGAUUCCUUGCUCUUACAGCUUAAGGAUGGAUUUCCAGAAGAGAUGGAGGUUCUUUAUGUUGGGUCUUUGCGUAUUGACAUUGAUCCUGCUGAGCAAGAUGAUGUAUCGCAGUAUUUACUGGAAAAGUUCAAAUGUGUCCCUACUUUCCUACCUCCUGAUGUUUUGGCUAAAUUUUAUGAUGGCUUCUGCAAAAGACAGUUAUGGCCACUUUUUCAUUACAAGUUACCGUUUUCGACAGAUAAAAGCCACCGAUUUGAUCGCGCUUUGUGGGAAGCCUAUGUUCUGGCAAACAAACUUUUCUUUCAAAAGGUAGUAGAAAUAAUAAACCCGGAGGAUGAUUAUAUUUGGGUUCAUGAUUACCAUUUGAUGGUGCUACCGACUUUUCUUAGAAGGCGUUUUAACAGGGUUAAAAUGGGAUUUUUCUUGCAUAGCCCCUUUCCAUCAUCAGAGAUAUAUAGGACUCUUCCUGUCAGGGAAGAGAUACUGAAAGCUUUACUAAAUUCUGAUAUCAUUGGAUUCCAUACUUUUGACUAUGCUCGUCAUUUCCUUUCUUGUUGCAGUCGUAUGUUGGGUCUAGAGUAUCAGUCAAAGAGGGGCUAUUUAGGAUUGGAAUAUUACGGGAGGACUAUCAGUAUUAAGAUCAUGCCUGUUGGGGUUCAUAUGGGUCGGAUUGAAUCUGUUAUGAGAAUGGCGGAUGAGGAGUGUAAGGCAAGGGAGCUCAAACAGAAAUUUGAAGGGAAAACCAUUUUGCUUGGUAUUGACGACAUGGACAUUUUUAAAGGCAUAAAUUUGAAGAUUUUGGCUAUGGAGCAGAUGCUCAAACAACACCCCAAAUGGCAAGGAAGAGCUGUUUUAGUCCAGAUAGUUAAUCCAGCUAGAGGUAAAGGGAUACAUGUAGAGGAAGUACUUACCGAAAUAGAAGAAAGCUGCACCAGGAUCAACAGAGUGUUUGGCCGACCUGGUUAUGAACCUAUUGUUUUUAUUGAUAGGGCGGUUCCAAUUACUGAAAAACUUGCCUAUCACAGCCUUGCCGAGUGUGUUAUUGUCACAGCUGUAAGGGAUGGGAUGAACCUAACUCCUUAUGAAUAUAUAGUUUGUAGACAGGGAAUAUCUGGUUCUGAAUCAAGUUCCAAUGUGAAUGACCCAAAGAAGAGCAUGCUAGUUAUAUCAGAAUUUAUUGGGUGUUCUCCAUCACUUAGUGGGGCUAUCCGUGUCAAUCCAUGGAAUGUUGAAGCAACUGCAGAGGCAAUGAAUGAAGCCAUUUCAAUGAGUGAUGGAGAGAAGCAGCUUCGGCACGAAAAGCAUUAUCGGUAUGUCAGUACUCAUGAUGUGGCUUACUGGUCGCGUAGUUUUUUGCAAGACAUGGAGAGGGCUUGCACAGACCUUCUUAGAAAAAGAUGUUGGGGAAUAGGUCUUAGCUUUGGAUUUCGAGUUGUGGCACUCGACCCUAACUUUAAAAAACUCUCAAUUGAUGCUAUGGUUUCAGCUUACAAGAGGGCAAGGAGUAGGGCCAUUUUGUUGGAUUAUGAUGGUACCGUGAUGCCACAAAACUCCAUUAAUAAGAGUCCAAGCAAGGAGGUCAUCUCUCUUUUAGAAACUCUCUGUGCAGACCCCAAAAAUGUAGUUUUCAUUGUUAGUGGAAGGGGUAGGAUUAGCUUAAGUGAAUGGUUUGCUCCAUGCGAAAAACUUGGAAUUGCUGCAGAACAUGGAUACUUCUUGAGGUGGUCCCAGGAUGGAGAAUGGGAAACUUGUGGUAACUGCUCCGAUUUUGGAUGGAUGCAGAUUGCUGAACCUGUAAUGAAACUAUAUACGGAGGCAACUGAUGGUUCCAGCAUUGAACGAAAGGAAAGUGCUUUGGUAUGGCAGUACAGAGAUGCAGACCUUGGGUUUGGAUCUUCUCAGGCGAAGGAAAUGUUAGAUCAUCUAGAAAGCGUUUUGGCCAAUGAGCCUGUUGCUGCAAAGAGUGGCCAAUUUAUUGUUGAAGUGAAGCCCCAGGAUGUAAGCAAAGGCUUAGUAGCAGAAAAAAUAUUUACGUCGAUGACCGAGAGUGGCAAACAGGCUGACUUUGUGCUGUGUGUUGGUGAUGAUAGAUCAGACGAGGACAUGUUUGAAAUAGUUAGUAGUGCAAUUUCAAGAAAUAUUCUUUCCUCCAAUGCUACUGUAUUUGCUUGUACGGUUGGACAAAAGCCAAGCAAAGCAAAGUAUUAUCUUGAUGAUACAUCUGAAGUAAUAAACAUGCUAGAAUCUUUGGCUGAAGAAUCAGAUUCUACACCCCGCAUAACAGCAGAUUCUGGGGAUUCCUCUUGAAAUCAAAUGUGACCGAGGUUUCUUCUUAUUUAGGUGUUUGAAGAUUUAAGGUCUCAGGAACAUCACCAAAAUCCCUAAGAAGUUUUUUCAUUUCUAAGAGGUCUUGUAUAUGGAGCGACAUGUUGCCGUAGCUGAGUUUGUGACCCAUGCCGGAGUAGUUGAGAUGUAUUGAUGGGGUUAUUGGUGUGCAACCUGGACGAUUGAAGGGGGACAUUGGUGUGAACGAUUCGUUGGAGAAAGGUUGAAAUGAUUGUUGUGGUGUUUGAUAGACAUAUGAUUGUUAUGAUGUUUGAACGUUUGGCUAUGGUAUGAGAAAAUGUUGGUGUUAUAUGUUCUUUGAGUGUUUUAGUUAUGGUAGGAUGAUGUGUUGGGGGGAAUAUGCAUUUUGGGUGUCUUGAUAAUAGUCAUCUUGUUGGCGAUGGUAUGAGGACGCUCUUGAUAUCGUGGUUGGGUGCCUGACAUGUUUUGAUUGUGGGUAUUGUGGUUAGGUGUCUGACAUGUUUUGAUAUAUUGCACAAAAUUUCAUGCGGGAAAUAAAAAACAAGAACCUUCGAAAAAAAGUUGGGAAUGCAGGGUAUGCUUUAACUCAACCAUCGUUCCGACACUAUCACAAGGAAAUUAGGUUGUGAAAUGCGGAUGCAUUAAGGUGGGUGAAUAACAUUCCAUUGGAGAGAUGAACAAAGAAAUUUGACGAAGGACGCCGAUGAGGCCACAUGACAACAAACCUUAUUGAACCCAUAAACAACGUCUUCGAAGACAUUUGAAACCUACCAAUAACCGCGUUGGUGAGAGAAACUUAUUUUAGGUUAGGAUCACUUUUCGCAACCAGAGGCGAAAAAUGGAGUCGAUGUUACGGUCCCGACAAUUAUUCAGUGAAAGUUGAAUGAAAGUGAUGAAUGAGGAAACUAUUAAAGCUGAAACACAUGCCGUUACAAUCUUUGACUGUCAUAGGCACACUUUUAGUGCAAAGGAAACACAUGAUCACAACGAGGGGAGGCCAAAUGGAGAUUAUCGGAUCCAACUGAAUAGAUGUUGGUUCGACUGUGACAAGUUUCAAGCCAUCCGUAUGCCUUGCUCCCAUGUCAUUGCGGUAUGUUCAUAUGCUCGCCCAGACGCUUUCAAGCAUCUAUCCGAUGUUUACAAAGUCGUACAUGUUUUCAAUGUGUACAAUAAUAGCUUCUUGGUGGUAGAAUUGAAAUAUUAUUGGCUUGCAUAUCAAAUGGAUAUAGUUUGGCACAACAAAAAUAUGCACGGAAGAAAAAGGUUCGUCCCAACAACACACGAAUUAGAACAGAAAUGAAUACGACUAAUAAAAUGACAAGAUUAUGUGGUUUAUGCCGUCA